ACCUACACAAAUUUCUGUUUUUUGUGUUGCAGAUGAAGCACAUUUUUUGUAUUUUCAAAGCUACCAAACCCCCUGGAAGUCUACAAAACCACCGGCUACCCACAUAUAACAUCACCAUAUCUCCGACCUCUCAAAUGUCUUCGCCGGCGACGAUUCUCUGUUUCUUCAUUCUCCUCUUGAUCUCCGCCGCCAUCACCGUCGCCGAGAAGCCCACAGUAUACGAAGUCCUGAAACAAUACGAUUUUCCGGCAGGUCUCCUUCCAACCGGCGUAACAGACUACACUCUCAACAACUCCACCGGAGAGUUCGAGGUUAUGUUAGGUGAGACAUGCAGUUUCUCAGUGGACGGCUACGAUCUGAAAUACAAAUCGACGAUCAGUGGAGUGAUCAGUAAAGACAAGCUGAGAAAGUUGAAGGGGGUAAGUGUAAAACUAUUGUUUAUUUGGGUGGAUAUUGUGGAGGUUUCACGCGACGAAGAUGAGCUGGAUUUUUCCGUCGGAAUAUUAUCGGCGGGAUUCGAUAUCGAGGGUUUCGAGGAAUCGCCGGAGUGCGGAUGUGGGUUUGAUUGCAAUGGUUUAGAAAUUGAAGGGGAGAAGAAGAGUGAGGUGGAUGAUUUGUUCACCUAUUAAUCUUUUACAUAAUCAUGUAUGGUAUCGGUGUGGUGUUGUGUUUAGUAAUAAAUA